CUCCCGCCCCCUACCGUGGUUGAGAAAUACCUUGUUUUUUCCCCCAAAGAAAAAUGACGGAUUGUGAAGACAAAGGCAAUGUAUGCUAUGGAAUCACAACUUUUCAGCAAAUUAUCUCUUCCUGUUGUGGUGCUAUUCUAACAUCCGUUUUGGUGACACCUCUUGAUGUUGUCAAAGUUCGACUACAGGCCCAAAGCAAUCCAUCCCUGAAAGGAAAGUCUUUUUUGGAUUCUGAUGGCUUGACCGAUCACAUUUAUCUUUAUGAAAAUGGAACUGGCAAAACCUGGCAUAAGACAUCUGCCCGUUUUACUGGCAUGUUGGAUGCUUUUGCAAAAAUUGUUCAAAGAGAGGGUGUGAAAGCAUUGUGGAGUGGGUUGCCACCCUCAUUAGCAGUUUCAGUUCCAACUACAGUGAUUUAUUUUACCUGCUAUGAUCAACUACGUGAUGAGUUCGUUAAUAAAUUAGGAGAUAAUGACUACAUUCCACUUAUUGCAGGUGGCAUAGCCAGACUAUUUUCUGCUACUAUAAUAAGUCCAAUUGAAAUGAUUAGAACAAGAAUGCAGUCUAGACGAUUGACUUACACAGAACUGCUUGCUCGCAUCAGUACAGGUGUGACCCAAAAUGGCUGGCUUUCACUCUGGAAAGGAUGGGGUCCCACUAUCCUUAGAGAUGUGCCAUUUUCAGCACUCUACUGGUACAAUUAUGAAUAUUUCAAGAUGAGCUUAUGCAAAAAAUCAAGUUCUCAUGAGCCAACAUUUCUAAUCAUCUUCUCAUCAGGAGCAGCAGCCGGUUCUAUUGCAGCUACAUUAACAUUACCAUUUGAUGUAAUAAAAACACACCGACAGACUGAACUUUGGGAACUUGAUAUUACACAUUCUCCACAGAAGAAAACUAGAUCAAUAUGGGAAGUAAUGAAGAGAAUUGUGAUUGAAAAUGGAUUUACUGGAUUAUUUACUGGUAUUAUUCCAAGAUUGUCAAAAAUUGCUCCUGCUUGUGCCAUAAUGAUCAGCACAUAUGAAUAUGGGAAAACUUUUUUCCGUAGAUUAAAUAAAGACAGAGAUAUGAAGAACUAUUAAUGUUGUUUCUGUAAAAUUGAAAUGAUGUCAGUAGUUAGUACCCAUAAAGGUCCACAUAAAUUGUAUUUUAUUACAUAGUUUUUGCGCCCAUUUUACGCCCAAGUCUCUACCAACAUUAUGUUCAGAGUUAUUCCUUGAUCAUGCUUCAAACAUAAAAAUAAAGUUAAUCUUGCAUAAACAUAUGGGAGAGAAAAGAUUGAAAUAAGUAUAUGUUCCUGCAAAAGGAAGUGAGUACAUAAACUUUAGAGCAAUUUUCAGAUACAUACAGUUGUACCUCACUAUUUGACUGCUCUGAAAGUUGUAGAAUUUGGUACUUGACACAUUUUAUAUUGACACAUUUGGUACUUGUCGUUUGUUUUGUAUUCAACACACACUCUAGAACUGCCAGUGGGUUUCACUGUCCUUUCCAGCCAAAAUAAAGGGCCACGUGUUAUCUCUGGCCCUAUGCACAUUCUCUUGUGGUCUUAGUUUCUGUAGUCAGUAUUUUUGUGCUUUUCUUCUAAUUAUGGGUCCUAAGAAAAAGAAGAGUGAUAGCAUUGAGUAAAAAAGAAAAUUCUUCGCACCACCAAUGAGCAGAGAAAUAAUAGACAAAUAUGAGAGUGGUAUUCGCCUUACUGGUCUUUCUAGGGAAUACAAUAUGCCUAGAA